GACGACAAUAUUAUUAUUUAGUGUUACCAAUUAGCAAUUACUGUAAAUUCAUUUUCAUGUGUUUAUUUAAUUUUAAAUUUAAGUUUGAAAUUCUAAACUGUUAUUUAUUUUGUUUAAUUCUCAACACUCCAGGAUUUAAUGCACAUUAAUAUUGAAUAUUUAUGAUUCAACAGAAGCUUAAAUUCAUUUAUUUUUGACGUAUUUUCAAUAAGAUACCAAUAAUGUCUCUAGAAACAGUCGAACAUGCAUUAGCAGAGUUUUAUUGCAAUCAAAAUGCAGAAGUUCAUAACAUUUUAUUGGAUUUCCAAAACUCUGUAGAUGCCUGGAACCUUGUGUGGAGCAUGUUAGAUACAUCUAAACCUCAUGAGAUACAAUUUUUUGGUGCUACUACACUUCACAUUAAAAUUACAAAACAAUGGUUGCAAUUGAAAAGAACUGAUUAUGUGCUUCUUAGAGAUAAAAUAUUGGACACCCUAAUUAAAUAUUACAAUUCAUCUGGACCAACAAAUGUAAUCAAUAAAUUAUGUUACUGUCUUUGUGCAUAUGUAGUUCGUACAAUACCACAUCAUUGGCCAGAUGCAAUUCCACAAUUGAUGGAAACUUUUAGGAAUUCUCUAUCUCAAUCAUCUAUAAAUGUCAGCGUUAUGAUUUUAGAAAUAUUAAUGGCUUUACCAGAUGAAUUUGGUGCAACCAAAUUAGUUCAUACACAGCGAAAUGAAGUAAGGAAGGAAUUACAACAAUCUUCUCUACAAGUUUUAUCUAUUGUGGAUAGUAUUCUUAAAAGCGACAGUUUGGACCCAAUUGUAGUACACGCUUUAAAAUGUGCUGCAGCUUGGUUGGAUAUAGGUUUUGAUCUCAUUAAAUGUCAUCAACUCACAGAUACAUUUAUAUCUGUCAUUUUAAACCCUGAAAGAAGUCAAGUAUGUGUUUUAUUGGCUAUUGAUGCUUUGAAAUCAUUGUGUACACACCCUCGUACAUCUGUAUGUGUAGCUACUGUGUUUGAAGUUUUAAGUAAAGUGAUAGUAUUAUCUGAUAAAUUAUUUCAUUUAGAAAUUACAGAAGAGCCAAAUGUUGUAGUAGAUAAACUUUUUGAUCUAUUUUUGGGUAUUGGUGAUCAACAUUUUCGUCUGUUAGUCCAAGGCCUACUAAAUGAUAAUACCAGAGAGUUAUGUACUAAAUUUUUUAAUUUAUAUUUAACUUGUACAAAUGCACCUGGUUAUUAUCCUGUAAAUGAAAAUUAUAGUGAGAAAACAUUUACAUUCUGGUUUUUAUUACAAGAUGAUUUAUUAUCAAAUGAUGCUGGUCCAGAUAACGCAUUGCUUACUAUUGUUAAGCCAUUAUAUAUAUCUUUAACUCAAGUCCUAUUAAAAAAAGUUUCAUACCCUGAAAAUUUAGAAUCAUGGACUCCAGAUGAAAGAGAAUUAUUUCGAUGUUAUAGACAAGACAUAUCUGAUACCUUUACUUACUGUUACUUCAUCUUACAAUCUGAGAUGUUAGAUGUCUUGUUAACAAUCUACAAACAAGUAACGUGUGACCAUGAAACUGCAAUUGCACAAUGGCAAACUGUAGAGGCAUGUUUGUAUGCUUUCACUGCAAUAUCAGAACCUCUUCAAAGCCAUAAAUCCCAUCCUCAUAUAGAACAAUUAAUAUCUUCUUUAGUUUCAUUACCAUAUGAACAAAUAGAUCAAAAAGCUUCCAUAGCUGCUAUGGAUACUAUUGGAGCAUAUUAUUAUUGGAUGAAAAUGCACCCAUCCUAUUUAGAAUUAAUUAUACCUCUAUUAAUGACAGGUCUUCAUAAUAGUAACAUGUUUUCUUCAGCCUCUAUUGCUCUUAGAGAUAUAGCUAAAGAAUGCAGAAAAUCCAUUGCUCCAUAUAAUGAUAUUAUAUUAAACACAGCAAUAAUGGUAUUAAAGAAAGUAAAGAAACUCAAAGAAGAAAUACGUUUAAUGAAUACUGUUGGAGUUAUUUUAUCAGUUAUAUCAUAUCCAAAAAAUAAACCAUUUUUGGAUACAUUCAUCAACCCUAUUUUGGAUACUAUAACAAAUAUAUUAACUAUUGAGGAUGAUGCUGAAUUUACUAAACAUAGAUCAGAGCUACAAGAUAGAAUCAAAGUUCUUAAUUCAUUAGUAUCAGCAAUUGAUAUGAAAGCUGUAGUUUACCAAAUAAUACAAAAAACUUUUCAUCUUCUUCAGAAGACAGGAAUGAAAUAUUUCAUUUCUUCUCCUGAAGAUACAUUAUAUGCUGAUGUUUGUGAAUUGUUAAAAACAAUUAAUUCCAAACUAGUGCAAGAAAGUGAAAACUGUGUGGAAAUUACAACUAUGGUUAUUGAAAUUCUGAUGAUUGGAUUUAGAAAAUCUCCACAACCUGCAGGCUUGAUACUUUUCAAAGAAGCAGUAAUAAUGUUUGGACAGUACGAUGCAAGUAUUCCACUUCUUAAAUCUACAUAUGAAGAAAUUUGUAUGAGAGUAAAAUUUAUGAUUGAACAAUCAUCUCCUGCUGAUCAAUUUAAUCUUGGAGAUGUAAUUGAAUCUUAUUUAUCUCUCCAAGGACAUAUAUUCAGGAAAUGGCCAUUUAUUGCUGUGAAUAAUCCAAAUAUAGAUUUUAUAUUUGUUUUUAAAUUAGCUUCUGAAGCAUUGUGUGCUAACGAGAUAUUUCUGGCAAAAACAGCAACAUUUUUUUUGACUGCAUUUAUAAAUACAAGUAGAGAACAUGAAGUUUUAUUUAAAGUUAUAGAAGAUAAUGGUCAAUUUCUUGUCAUAAAAAUGAUUUGCAUUCUUAAAGGCGAUGUAGUAAAAAGAAAUUUGGAUACCAUGUGUGAAGUGUUGUAUGCACUAAAUAAAAAUUAUGGUGAACAUUUAAGUAGGUGGUUUCAUGAUAUAAUUACAGUACAAAAUAUAGUACUACCAAAUGUUACAGAACAAAUGAAAUCUAAAUUUUUCAAACGUGUACUUAGAGAAAGAACUAGCAAAAAAACUUUACAAGUAGUAGUCAAAGAAUUUUCAUUUAUUUGUCGAGGUUUAAUUCUAGUAGAUCCUACAGAAUAAUAAAUAACUGAAUGAAUAUACAAAAUCCAUUGAAAGCUGCUUUCAAGUCUGUACAUUCAGUAGCCAAGUAUGGCCGUCGUUCUUCCUUGCCACCAUGUUCCUUCACCUGAGCUGCUCUCCACCG